CAUUUAGAGUCCAACAAGGUCUGUUUCGAGAGUGACUCGGUUCAAAGUUCGAAACAAUUGCAACCUCUCACUCGCUCCAGCUUGAGAAAUGGCGGAAACCUUUCUAUUCACUUCUGAAUCUGUGAAUGAGGGUCACCCUGACAAGCUGUGCGACCAGAUCUCUGAUGCAGUGCUCGAUGCCUGCCUUGAACAGGAUCCUGACAGCAAGGUUGCCUGUGAGACAUGCACCAAGACUAACAUGGUCAUGGUCUUUGGAGAGAUUACAACCAAGGCGAACGUAGACUAUGAGAAGAUUGUCCGUGACACAUGCCGUAGCAUUGGAUUCGUCUCUGAUGAUGUUGGUCUGGAUGCUGACAAAUGCAAGGUCUUGGUCAACAUUGAGCAGCAGAGCCCUGAUAUUGCCCAGGGUGUGCACGGCCACUUUACCAAGCGCCCAGAGGAGAUUGGUGCUGGUGACCAGGGUCACAUGUUUGGCUAUGCCACUGAUGAAACCCCUGAAUAUAUGCCUUUGAGCCAUGUCCUUGCAACCAAACUAGGAGCUCGCCUUACUGAGGUUAGGAAGAAUGGUACCUGCGCUUGGCUGAGACCAGAUGGUAAGACACAAGUAACUGUCGAGUACUACAAUGAAAAUGGUGCUAUGGUUCCAGUUCGUGUACACACUGUCCUCAUUUCUACCCAGCAUGAUGAGACUGUCUCUAAUGAUCAAAUUGCUGCUGAUCUUAAAGAGCAUGUUAUCAAGCCUGUCAUUCCUGAGAAGUAUCUAGAUGACAAGACCAUCUUCCACCUUAACCCUUCUGGCCGCUUUGUCAUUGGUGGCCCACAUGGUGAUGCUGGUCUCACUGGAAGAAAGAUUAUCAUUGAUACUUAUGGUGGCUGGGGUGCCCAUGGUGGAGGUGCUUUCUCAGGCAAGGACCCUACUAAGGUUGACAGAAGCGGUGCCUAUAUUGUAAGGCAGGCGGCAAAGAGUAUUGUGGCAAAUGGCCUUGCCCGCAGGUGCAUUGUUCAAGUUUCUUAUGCCAUUGGUGUUCCUGAGCCCUUGUCAGUCUUUGUUGACUCUUAUGGAACUGGAAAGAUACCUGACAAGGAGAUUCUUCAACUUGUGAAGGAGAACUUCGACUUCAGACCUGGAAUGAUGACCAUUAACUUGGACCUUAAGAGGGGUGGCCAUAGGUUUCUCAAGACUGCUGCCUAUGGACACUUUGGAAGGGAUGACCCUGACUUCACCUGGGAAGUUGUAAAGCCACUCAAGUGGGAGAAGCCUCAAGCUUGAGAGUUGUCAAUUUAAUCCGUCCCUUCAAUGGCUGUAUUACUAGUGUGGAUGAAUAAUUCGCGUGUUCAGUUGCUGCAGCUCCAUUCAUAGGUCUAAUGCCAUAUUAUCAUAUCUGAACCUUUUUUUUUUUCCGAUUUUACUUACAAUUUAAUUUUUGUUUGUGCAAUGUUACUGUGUUGGUUCAAUGAAAAUUUAUCAGAA